GCCGCGAGGAGGACGUCCUGGGGAACGCCCGGGAGCUCGGCGGCACCUCCCGCGUGCAGGGCGCAUGGGGCGACGGGCCGUGGGCGCUGCGCUGGCCGCGGCGGCGCUGCGCUGGCCAGACGCCGUCGGCGACCUGAGCCUGGCCACGCUGGCGCACUCCAACCUCGCGGGGCUCGGGCCGGACGCUUCUGCCGCCCACGAGAUCCGCUACGCCCGCGCGGCGCGGUCGGGGGUACGUUUUCCGCAGGAGAUCCGCUCGACCUGCUGAUCGUCACCGCAGAGGCGGGCGACUACACACCUUUCAAUGUGAGCGAGAACACCCACAGCGGCCGGGGUGGCGAGGUCGGCAGCGUCAGUCAAAAGUGCGGCGGGAGGUCCAGCCUGGUGUUCCGGCUCGUCGGCGCGAACACGUCGGCACCAGAGGUCGCGGAGGACUUCCUCGCAACGUUCUUUUUCGUGGACAGGAGGCUGCAGGUGCAAGUGCAUGGAUUUGACGACUACUUCGUGAGCAGCGACUCCCUGUUGAAGGUCGUGCGAAUUAGCCACGGGGGCCUCUGGGCCAGAACCUCAGGGUUCUCCACCUGGGCCAUGUCCCCCACGAAUUUGUCACUGCGAGAUCCCACGAACUUGUCGCAAGAUGAGCAACACCUCGCCCUGACGCUCCUCUUCAGGGGCGCGUCCGAGUUCCGUGUGGACGUGGCCGUCACGGGCCCGCGCGAGGACGACGGCGUCGACCUGGUCUUCGCCGGCGCCCCCCUCCAGCUGUUCUGCCCCGGCGGCUCCCGGCGCGGCCGGCAGGACCAGGACGACGCACCGAGUACACCACGAAGGUGCAGAGAGGUUGCUGCGCAUACUGGGACAGGACUGUCUCUUGGCCGGAGGGCGCCCAGCGGCGUUGCUGCGAGGCUGGGCGGGACGGCUGCGGGCCAGGACUCGAGAGACCCAGUGUUACCACCUCUACGGGCCCAGCAGUCCUGA